UUACAUUGUCAUAAAUGUCGACUUCCUCAUUCACAUUCAAAAGCAGAGGUUUUGUUUGCAAACAGUGCAUAUGAAGAUUCAUAAGAGGAUUACAUGGAGGUCCAUCAUGUUGAUGUUCAGUUGCUCCAAGACUAAAUGCCCACUGAAGGAAUCCAAAAAGAAGAUUUCCAAGCAAGGUUCUUUCCGGAGACUAGGCCUCUCUGAUAUCAGCAUUUCAAGCUCUGGUCAGGCCAUUGACGAUCUUUCUAUCUCCCUCGUUGGUCCAAAGCUUUAUCCAUUUACCCUUGAAGAGCUGAGAGAAGCAACGCAUAAUUUCUCUUGGAGUAAUCUAAUAGGUGAAGGUGGGUUUGGACCUGUGUAUAAGGGCUUUGUUGAUGACAAGCUAAGACCUGGUUUGAAAGCUCAGCCUGUGGCUGUGAAACGACUAAACUUGGACGGCAUGCAAGGUCAUAGGGAGUGGCUGGCAGAGAUAAUCUUUCUAGGACAGCUAAAGCAUCCAAAUCUUGUGAACUUAAUUGGGUACUGUUAUGAGGAGGAACACAGGCUAUUAGUGUAUGAAUACAUCGCAAGAGGCAGCUUGGAGAGUCAACUUUUUAGAAGAUACACUGCAGCCUUGCCAUGGUCAACCAGGAUAAAAAUUGCCCUGGGAGCAGCCAAGGGCCUAGCCUUUCUUCAUGAAGCAGACAAACCAGUGAUAUAUAGGGACUUCAAAACUUCAAAUAUCUUAUUAGACGCGGAUUAUUCGGCUAAGCUCUCAGACUUCGGGUUUGCAAAAGAUGGACCUGAAGGGGAAGACACACAUGUAACAACACGAGUAAUAGGAACACAUGGCUAUGCAGCACCAGAGUACAUCAUGACAGGUCACCUUACAACAAAGAGCGACGUGUAUAGCUAUGGAGUGGUGUUAUUAGAACUAAUAACAGGAAGAAGGAUAGUGGAUAAGAGCAGGCCAGAUAGAGAGCAGAGCCUUGUGGAAUGGGCAAGGCCUCUGUUGAGGGAUCAGAAAAAGCUUCACCGCUUCAUAGACCCUCGGUUGGAAGGAAGAUUUUCUAUCAAAGGAGCUCAUAAAGUCGCUGCCUUGGCUUACAAGUGCUUGAGCCACCACCCUCACCCAAGACCAACCAUGAGCGUUGUGGUCAACUUAUUGGAGCCACUCCAGCACUUUGAUGAUGCAUUGCUGGAACCCUUUGUGUAUGUAGCAGUCAAUCAAGGUGGCAACAUCGACUAACAGCAUGAUUCGGUAUUAUUAAAAUGUAUUAGAGUUAGAUAGAUAGCAAAAUUUUUAUGCUUGUCUAACAACGCACUGCUUAUUUAGCAGAAUGUAAGUGCAGAUGAUGUUCAGCUGGACCAAAAAGUCCAGACAUGCACAAAGCAAAUGUAGUUUGAUCUGAAAUAGCAAAUAAGACUAUCACGCCAGAAGACAACCUGUCAUUAAUGGUAAUUGUUGGGGCAUACCCUUGUUUGAAUUUUAUGUCCAGUUAGUGAUGACAGAGAGAAGGAAAGUAGCAUUUCUCGCGGCAAGAGUCAAGGAAAAGCUUGUGAUAGGUAUAUUUGCCUUAGCAUGACAAGAGAGCAGUGGAAUUGUUAGUCCGCGGAAAGUCAUUUGCAUUUGCACCACAGAACAACUACGAGCAACAGUAGGCACUAAACCACUAACACUCUUACGUCAUGUUAAUUGAUUGAUUAUUGAGAUAAGCCUACCGCAUGCCUUUGGUCAAGGUCGGUGUUUCAUCAUGAAAUAUAUUCGUGUGUGUGUGUGUGUGUGUAAUAUCAGCAUCCUCCCAAAAAUAUAUGAUGUAAGCAGCAUUAAUUGAUU